CCCCGGCGUUGCGUUCCCGGCGAUGAGCGCGGAGGCGGCGGACCGGGAGGCGGCCCGGUGCAGCCGCCCGUGCACCCCGCCGCAGACCUGCUGGUUCGAGUUCCUGCUCGACCCGUCGCUGCUCGACCGACAUCUGAGGAAGGCCUGUCCCGAUCCCGCACCGGUUCAGCUGAUCGUUCAGUUUUUGGAACAGGCAUCCAAACCGUCGGUCAAUGAACAAAAUCAGGUCCAGCCUCCAGUCGAUAACAAGAGAAAUCGUAUUUUAAAACUCCUCGCGCUGAAAGUUGCGGCGCAUUUGAAGUGGGACUUGGACGUGCUAGAAAAGAGUCUGUCCGUUCCUGUAUUGAACAUGCUGCUAAACGAGUUGCUGUGCAUCAGUAAAGUGCCUCCAGGGACAAAGCACGUAGACAUGGAUCUGUCUACUCUACCUCCAAACACUGCCAUGGCGAUCCUGCUCUACAAUAGAUGGGCAAUCAGGACAAUCGUUCAGAGUAGCUUUCCUGUUAAACAAGUGAAACCUGGUCCCCCUCAGCUGAGCGUUAUGAAUCAGAUGCAGCAGGAAAAGGAACUGACAGAAAAUAUUUUGAAAGUGCUCAAAGAACAGGCUGCUGAUUCUAUCUUGGUGCUAGAAGCAGCACUUAAAUUAGACAAGGAUCUGUAUGUGCACACAAUGAGGACUUUAGAUUUACUGGCCAUGGAACCAGGAAUGGUGAAUGGAGAAACCGAGAGUUCAACUGCUGGAUUGAAAGUCAGAAUGGAGGAAAUGCAGUGUCAGGUGUGCUACGAUUUGGGAGCAGUGUACUUCCAGCAGGGCUCUACAAACUCAGCUGCAUAUGAAAAUGCCAGGGAAAAAUUUUUCAGAACCAAAGAAUUAAUUUCCAAGCUCGGUUCAUUAUCACUUCACUGCAGUAUAGAUGAGAAUCGGUUAGCUGGCUAUUGUCAGGCUUGUGGGGUUCUUGCACCUUCUGCUGAUAAUACGGCACAACAAUCAACGCCAUACGGUCAAAUCCAUACCUGCAUGCGAUCCGGCAACUAUCAGGAAGUAAUAAAGAUUUUCCUCGAAGAUAAUCAAACCUUCAAUUUACCUGUUCAAUUCAGGCAGUCAGUUCUGAGAGAACUCUUCCAGAAAGCUCAACAGGGAAAUGAAGCGCUAGAUGAGAUCUGUUUUAAAGUCUGUGCUUGCAACACAGUCUGUGAUGUACUUGAGGGAAGAACAGUUAGUGUUCAUUUUAAUCAGCUAUUCCUUCAACCGAAUAAGGAGAAAAUUGAUUUCCUUCUUGAGGUAUGUUCCAGAUCAAUAAACUUAGAACAAGCUUCAGAAACUUUGAAAGGAAACAUGGCAGCAUUUCUGAAGAACCUGUGUUUGGGACUGGAAGAUCUGCAGUUUGUCUUCAUGAUUUCUUCUCACGAACUCUUCAUUUCGCUGCUGAAAGAUGAUGAGCGGAAGUUGCUUGUUGACCAGAUGAGGAAAAGGUGCCCUCGAAUAAAUCUGUGCACUAAACCUGUAACUUCCUUCUAUGAUAUUCCAGCGUCAGCAAGUGUCAACAUUGGCCAGCUGGAGCAUCAGCUUAUUUUAUCAGUGGAUCCUUGGAGAAUUCGCCAGAUUUUAAUUGAGCUGCACGGCAUGACCUCGGAACGCCAGUUCUGGACAGUUUCUAGUAAGUGGGAAGUGCCGGCAGUUUACAGUAAUGUCAUUUUAGGAAUCAAAGACAGUUUGACACGAGAUCUGGUUUACAUCCUUAUGGCAAAGGGCUUGCACUGCAGCAUUGUCAAGGACUUUAUCCACGCUAAACAGCUAUUUGCUGCUUGCCUGGAGCUGGUGACGGAAUUCUCUCCCAAGUUACGGCAGGUCAUGCUGAAUGAGAUGCUGCUGCUGGACAUUCACACCCAUGAAGCCGGACCGGGGCAAUCAGGGGACCGUCCUCCUUCUGACCUUAUCAGUAGAGUCCGAGGCUAUCUGGAAAUGAGGCUUCCCGAUAUUCCUCUCCGACAAGUUGUAGCAGAGGAGUGUGUUGCUUUCCUGUUAAAUUGGCGGGAAAAUGAAUACCUUACUCUGCAAGUUCCGGCAUUUUUGCUUCAGAGUAACCCCUAUGUGAAGCUGGGACAACUUUUGGCAGCUACUUGCAAAGAACUUCCAGGCCCUAAAGAAAGCAGACGAACAGCUAAGGAUCUCUGGGAAGUGGUUGUCCAGAUCUGCAGUGUGUCCAGCCAACACAAACGGGGAAAUGAUGGCAGAAUAAGCUUAAUAAAGCAGAGAGAUUCGACAUUGGGGAUUAUGUACAGGAGUGAGCUGCUCUCUUUCAUCAAAAAACUGCGGGAGCCAUUGGUUUUGACUACUAUAUUAUCUUUAUUUGUGAAACUGCACAAUGUACGGGAGGACAUCGUGAACGAUAUUACCGCAGAACACAUGUCUAUUUGGCCAUCCUCCAUUCCCAACCUUCAAGCCGUGGAUUUUGAAGCUGUUGCCAUUACUGUCAAAGAGCUAGUUCGGUAUGCACUUACUAUAAACGCCAACAACCACUCCUGGCUCAUUAUCCAGGCAGACAUUUAUUUUGCAACUAAUCAGUAUUCAGCAGCUCUUCACUAUUACCUUCAGGCAGGAGCCGUAUGUUCUGAUUUCUUCAAUAAGGCUGUGCCGCCGGAUGUAUACACAGACCAGGUCAUAAAACGGAUGAUAAAAUGUUGUUCUUUGCUCAACUGCCACACGCAGGUGGCAAUUUUAUGCCAGUUUCUCAGGGAAGUGGACUACAAAACAGCAUUUAAGUCACUGCAGGAACAAAACAGUCAUGAUGCCAUGGAUUCGUAUUACGACUACAUAUGGGAUGUUACCAUUUUGGAAUACUUAACAUAUCUUCACCAUAAAAGAGGAGAAACAGAUAAAAGACAGAUCGCGAUUAAGGCUAUAGGCCAGACCGAACUGAACGCAAGUAAUCCCGAGGAAGUGUUACAGCUUGCAGCACAGAGAAGAAAAAAGAAGUUCCUCCAAGCGAUGGCCAAGCUUUACUUCUGAGUUCCUAAUGAGGGAGUGUGACUCCUUUGACUGGAAAAUAUUUUAACUUUUUAUUUUUAAACAAUGUUAAAACAGUAUUAAGAUUAAAUUUAUACAUAUGUACAUA